AUAUUUCUCUAAGGACGGAAGCAAAGCAUUUUGGUCAGCUCUGCAAGUAUGGCCUCUUGCAAUAACCAUACAAGGUAUGAGCAAAAGUCCAAGGAAGCAAAGCCAGCAAUGAGUGUUUUGUGAUGUGAUCCCUACAAAAUGACAAGAAACCCUCACAAAUAAAAUGGCUACCCCUCCCCUAAUGACCAUUUCAAACACCCUCUCCCCUUCCCUUCUCUUCAAAAAGGAAUACAUUGUCUUCUCUUUUAUAGCAUUAGUAGAACCCAUAUUGCCAAGCUCUCUUGCAUGGCUGCCAUCUUUUCUCAUAAUACAUAUAGAGAGCCAUCUUCUCCUAGUUGAUUUACUUUCUCAUAUUACAUAUAUUCAAAGCAAAAAUAUAGGGAUUGAUGUAUAUGCAGAAAAUGGUAGGAAGAAACAGUUCGGAGCUCCCUCCUGGUUUCAGGUUUCACCCCACAGAUGAGGAGCUAAUCAUGUAUUACCUCAGGCACCAGGCCACUUCAAGGCCUUGCCCAGUAUCAAUCAUCCCAGAAGUUGAUAUCUAUAAGUUUGAUCCCUGGCAGUUGCCUGAGAAGGCAGAUUUUGGAGAAACUGAAUGGUACUUCUUUAGCCCCAGAGAGAGGAAAUACCCAAAUGGGGCAAGGCCCAAUAGAGCAGCUGUUUCUGGGUAUUGGAAGGCCACAGGGACAGACAAGUCUAUUUACAGCGGAACUAAGUUUGUGGGUGUCAAGAAAGCUCUUGUGUUUUAUGAGGGAAAGCCCCCAAAGGGUAUCAAGACAGAUUGGAUUAUGCAUGAAUAUAGACUAAGUGAUUCAUCAACUCAUAUUCCCAGGAAAAAUGGAUCUAUGAGGUUGGAUGAUUGGGUGCUAUGUAGAAUCUACAAGAAGAAAAGCCUAGUAAGAACAGUGGAGAAGACAGCUGAAGAAGAUUCAAGCGCCCAGAUGGUGGCUUCAAAUGGUGCUAGUGACUCACAAGCGUCAAGAAUUCCAACGACUUGUUCACUUUCCCAAUUAUGGGAGUUGGAUGGCCUGGCCUCACUUCCCCAACUAUUAAGUGACAAUAUUUCAUACAACUCAAACCUUCAAACUAACUACCAGGACCCAGUUUGGAAUGCAGGAAAUGGGUUUCAGUGAAUCAGCCAUUUUUUGUGAGUCCUAUGUUCCAAUAUCACUGACACUAGAUGUGGCUUGUUAGGCUUGAUUAGAAUUUAGGUGCAUUUAACUUCUAGGCGAUUGUAACACUUUCAUUCAAUGAAACAAACAUGUAUUGUUGUGGGUAUGAAUAAAUCUUAUAAAUUUGAAGAAUUAA